AUAAAAAGAGAAAAAAAAAAAAACAGAAACCAAACGGUCCUUUCUGUGGCUGGCUGCUGCUUCCUUAUGUACGUAAAAAGACACAUAGCCUUUCAUCAUUUUCAUCAUUAUCACCACACUAAUUGACCUCCCUCUGCCAUUCUCUUCUUUGUGCAUACAAAUUUAUAAACAUGGCACAAAAUGAUUCUGUUUCAGAGUUCUUGGAAACUGCUGUUGAGGCAGCAAAGAAAGCUGGAGAGAUUAUCCGUGAAGGAUUUUACCAGACGAAGCAUGUGGAGCAUAAAGGCCAGGUGGAUUUAGUUACAGAGACUGACAAGGCUUGUGAAGCUCUCAUUUUUAAUCAUCUCAAGCAACAGUAUCCCUCACAUAAGCUCAUUGGGGAAGAAACUACUGCUGCCUAUGGUGCUACAGAACUGACUGAUGAACCAACUUGGAUUGUUGAUCCUCUUGAUGGAACAACCAACUUUGUCCAUGGGUUCCCCUUUGUGUGUAUCUCUAUUGGUCUCACGAUUGGAAAAGUUCCCACAGUAGGUGUUGUUUACAACCCAAUAAUGGAUGAGCUUUUCACAGGCAUCCAUGGAAAAGGUGCUUUUCUGAAUGGAAAACCCAUAAAAGUAUCAUCUCAAAGUGAGCUUGUGAAAUCUCUUCUUGCAACAGAGGCUGGAACAAAACGUGACAAGUCCACUGUAGAUGCCACUACUGGAAAAAUUAACAGCUUACUUUUCAAGGUGAGAUCCCUUAGAAUGAGUGGCUCCUGUGCUUUGAAUCUAUGCGGAAUUGCCUGUGGAAGGAUUGAUUUGUUUUAUGAAACUGGAUAUGGAGGCCCAUGGGAUGUAGCAGGUGGUGCUGUGAUUGUCAAAGAAGCUGGAGGACUUGUUUAUGAUCCAUCUGGUAAAGAUUUUGACAUCACUUCUCAGAGAGUUGCAGCUUCAAACCCUCUCCUGAAGGAUGCAUUUGUUGAGGUUUUGCAGCAGUCGGAAUGAGAAAGCAACUAUUAUAAUCAAGGAAAUCACAUAUUAGUUGUUCAAGACAAUCUAGUUUCCCUUCUUAUUGUCAGCAUCUAACGAUGAGCGGUCGUCGAUAUCAUUCACCAUUAAAGUUCAAUCAAUGCCAGCUGAGAGUCUUCCAAUUGCUUUGUGGUUUUUAAACAGUGCCAACUUAUAUGUAGACUCCAAUUGAAAUGACAAGUACCAUUGUUGGUCAUUCAAAACUACCAUGUUAGACAAUGUUAUUCUUCACUUUUCAUUGCGCAGAAAGCAUGCCUGGUUGAUCCAUGGGCUGUCUUA